AUGUUGCAUCAAUUUUCAGAAAAGAAUGUUGAAAGAAAGAUAUUGAAAGGAUCAAUAAAGGCAGACCAGACACUCGAGUUCGAUCGUGAGGGAUUGUCAAAGCUAAAGAAGGCAGCAAAAGCAAUUCAUAAUAGUGGCAACGUACAUGUCGAGAAUGAAAUGUGUUUAGUGCGUGCGUUAGAGAGAUUAGGAACUGUAGCUUUAUCGAAAGAGGAGCCCGACAUUGGGGCUGCAUUUCUUAAAUUUUCCGUUGUAACGAAAGAAUUGUCAGCAUUAAUGAAGACCUUGAUGCAGAACAUCAGCAAUAUCAUCAUGUUCCCUGUCGACUCCCUCCUCAAAUCAGAACUAAGGGGUGUGAAAGGCGAGAUGAAGCGACCUUUUGACAAAGCAGCAAAAGACUUUGAUACAAAAUAUCUCAAAAUUGAGAAAGAAAGAAAAGCUCAAGCCAAAGAAGUCGGAAUGAUACGUACAGAAAUAUCAGCCGCUGAAAUAGCAGAGGAAAUGGAAAAAGAGCGGCGCGUAUUUCAAUUGCAAAUGUGUGAAUAUCUCAUAAAGUUUAAUGAAAUCAAAACCAAAAAAGGCAUUGAAUUGCUACAACAUUUAGUUGAAUAUUAUCAUGCUCAGAAUAACUACUUCUCCGAUGGUCUCAAAACAAUUGCUCAUUUUGGAACGUAUAUUGAAGAUUUAACGAUGAAGUUACAGAUGAUUCGUCAGAAGCAGGAUGAGGAGAAGAAAAAGCUCAUUGAAUUAAGAACACUUCUUCGAAGUACACCGGAUUUUGAUAGAGUAGAGAAUGUAGUUACAGAUAAAGGCACAGCAUAUAGUCUUCAUCAAUUACAAGGUGAUAAGAAUCAUGGUGUGACAAGAUCGGGACAUUUAUAUAAGAAAAGUGAGGGAAAAGUGAGACGAGUGUGGCAAAAGAGACGCUGUCGUGUGACUGAGGAUGGCUUCCUUGACAUUUAUCAUGCGGAUGAGUCGAAGCCACCAACACGUGUGAAUCUACUAACCUGCCAAAUAAAACCCGUACCAGAUGACAAGAGAAGCUUUGAUCUCAUCAGUUAUAAUCGGCCAUAUCAUUUUCAAGCAGAGGACGAACAGGACCAAAAAGCAUGGAUGUCAGUGCUUAUAAAUUGUAAGGAGAAAGUCCUCACCAAGUCCUUCCAACACGAGAAUCACCAGCAACAAAUGAGUCCAGGAUUAAUGGAAUUACAAAAGACGCUUAUACGUUACAUCCAAAAUAUACCCGGAAAUGACCAAUGUUGUGACUGUGGCUCAAGAAAUGACGUGACAUGGAUCAGCAUAAAUUUUGGUAUUAUCGUUUGCAUACAAUGUAGUGGAGUUCAUCGUGAUCUCGGCGUGCAUCAUUCACGGAUACAAUCAUUAACAUUAGAUAAUUUAAAGACAGCACAUUUAUUGAUAGCACGUGCCAUGGGCAACAAUCAAUUAAAUGAGAUUCUAGAGGCGACACUCGGCAAGUCAAUGAAAAUACAUCCAGACUCGAGUAUGGAGGAGCGAUAUGACUUUAUUCGUGCAAAAUAUGUCGCGAAACGUUACAUAAUGCGAACAUGUUCUGAUGAGAUUGAUUUACGUGCAGAUUUAGAACAAGCAGUGAUUAAUGCUGAUCUCAGUCAACUACUACAAGUGUGGGCAGAAGGUGCUGACUUUACAGUGCCAUUACCAUCAUCCGAUUAUGGUGAGAAUGCACUUCACUUAGCCGUACUUCGUGAAAUGGGAUCAUCACUUCAUAUUGUUGAUUUUCUCAUACAAAAUAUGCCACCGCAAGGUCUCAAUAAGCCAACAAAUCCUCAACCGAAUGGUGCAAGUGGUGACGAUGGAAAGAUGACACCAUUACAUUUCUGUGCGGCAUAUGAUAGACGAGAAUGUAUGAAGCUUUUAUUGAGAUCUGGCGCUGACAUUGAAGUUAAAAAUUCAAGUAAUAAAACAUCACUUGAUCUUGCUAUUGAGAAUGGCCGUGAUGUUUGUAAAGAGAUGUUAGAGCAAGCGAUGCGACGAGAGAAAGGUGCAUUUGAUCAUAUCAACACAGAUUGGAAUCUACCACCACCACAUGAUGAUGGAUCUACAGACUUUUCCGAUGAUGAUAAUGGACUUGAUGAUCGCAGACGUACGUCACGUCCCCCUAGUUUCAUAGGCGAUUCCCCGAUCACAUUAAGAUCCCGCUCGUCCACAUGUGACUCAAUUAAAAGUGGUACAAGCCCAACAUUCUCAAUAAAUUCAACGAAUUCCAAUCGACAGAUUUCUGGCUUUUCUCAUGGACUGGGUACGAGUCCCAAGCAGCAGAUGAGUUUUCCACAGUAUGGAUCGCAGAGUGGAACUGGCGCAUCGAGUCCCAACUCAAUAACUAGUCGUUCAUCACAUUCUUUAGCAAGUAAUCAAAGUCGCAAGACUACUGCUGUCGUAAAUACACCAUCAGCAUCAGCUAAAAAGCGAAACGCUCCAAAUGCACCAAAUAAUUCACAACCACAAGCCGUCUAUGGAACCCUACCACAUAGCGUCGGUCGCUAUCAACAAAAUUAUGAUCUCUCAGAUAUAUACAGCUCCAAUUCAACACUACCACAUCCAGGACGGAACUCAAUGAUUGAACACCAACGGCAAAAUAAUAACAACAAUAAUAACAAUAAUAAUAAUAACAAUACUGUAACAGCAAAUAAUAAUAAGAAUCAACAAUCGUCGAAUCAGCAACACUUUGAUAAUAAAGUGUACGAAAGAUUUGAGCCAUAUAUGAUGCAGGCCAAUAAAACUAGUCAUAAAAGAUCACCAAGUAGUGAUUCAAUUACGAGAAGCAUUCAAUUGGCGGGUGCCAAACUUGUUCUACCACCGACCGGAGAGAUUCCUCCAAAGCUUAAACCAGUGAAUCGACCACGAUUAGCACCACCACCAGGUCCACCAAAUAAUGAUAAAUCAAUAUCGAAUGGUCAAUCAAGUGAAAGUCUGAAUUCAUUAAAUGAUGGACAAAAUACAUCACGCGUACAGUCAAAUACACCAUUGAGGAAGUCAUUUAAUGAUUCAAUAACAAAUUCAUAUGGUGAUUAUGGAAAAUAUGGUGAAUUGGAUUCAUCAUGUAGUACAAUGGAUACAUCCAAUAAUUUACAUUCAAACAGCAGUUAUUUAACUGAUGAAGGUUCACCCCGUAGCAGUCCAGGUGGUGUCACAAUACAGCCAAUAAAUUAUGCCGGCCUUAAGAGAUGUCGCGCAUUAUACGAUUGCAAUGCUGAUAAUGAUGAUGAAUUGGAAUUUAAAGAGGGUGAAAUACUUGUAGUGCUCAAUGAGCGAACGGAUGAUGAGAAUUGGAUGGAAGGUGUAAUUGAAUCUGAUCCGUCAAGGCGUGGAAUGUUUCCAGUUAGCUUCGUCCACAUUUUACCCGACUAAACUUUAUUAUCAUGCUAGCUACUAUGAUGACUAUACUGUAAUGAUACAGACACAGACAUAUACACACUCUCAUUAUCAAAAACAUGAAAAAAGAUACAUAAAUACACACAUAAAUAUGAUAUUUAUUGAAAUUGAUGAAUCAAUAUGAAUUGACUGUAGAAAAAAAAACUUUUUUAGAUUAGAAAUUGUCAAGAAAAUUGAGCAGCAUGGUCACUGGAUGUGGGUGGCUAAAGCGCAUUUUUGGGGGGUGUCUUUAUGUUGGUACAAUUGAAGUUUAAAUCCUAGUUUGGCAUUUACAUCAAAAAAAAAUUGAAGAAGUUAUUAGGGGCUCCAAAAAAUUAUAUUUAUCCAAGGACGUAACAAAUAUUGUGUUGAGGAAGGAUUCUAACCUCCCCCGACCCCCUCAUUUUAUUUUCACUCGUCAAACAAAGCCCCAAACCCCCUUAAAAAAUGCGCAACCAAAAAAACAAACCUUUUUAUUCCAUAUUUAUUAUUGAAGCAUGUUUUAGAAGAAAUGGACACAUUUUAUGACAUUUCAAAAUGAAAUUUCAAAGAAUAUUAAAUGAACAAGAAUGAAAAAAAAAUAAUUCCAAUCUAUAUAGUGAAACAAAAAACCCAUAACAUAAAUGAAAGGAAAAAAAAUCACGUGUUAUAUUAUUUAUGAAUGUAAUAAGUAGAAAACUAUUCUAAUUUAUUGAAGAUAAUAAUGUAACUAGACUAGCGAAUGAGAUGAAAUGAAGAAAAAAAUUGGAAGAUAAAAAAAAAUUAACAUAAAAAAAAUCAUAUAUUGUUGUCUAUGCGUGAAAAUAUUUAAUUUUUUACUACCCAUAACAUUCAUUAUGUCCCUUUUUAUAAAUCACGUGUGUUGCUUUGUAAAUGACAAAGUUAUUUUAUGCAUUUCUGUUUCUUAAUUUUAUUUAAAUUACUAUUUAAUUUUUUUUUGUUUGUUUUAUCUUUGACUUGUGAAUACUCUAUGUCAGUCACACAUACACACAUACAUAUGAUUAUGAUUAUUAUUAUUAUAUCUACUAGGAAUAAUUUAAUUGUCUUUUUUGUCUUCUGUGACUUUUUACUUCCUUUUUAAAAAAUAUUCUAUUUUGUUGAACUAUUUGAUGAAUAAGUGUGGAGGUGCUGGGCAUGUUAGGGAGAGUAGAUGUGUAAAUUUGACUAUUGAAGUCAAAAAUGCUCAUCAAAAACUGAAUUAUGACUAAUCUCCAUAGUCCAUAGGGUCAAAUACAUAUAGAUUCAGGCACCACCAGCCUCCCCUCAUUGUACCUUUUGAAUUUCUGCUCAGAACCUCCAAAAUACAAAAAAAGGAAUUAAUUAAAGCGAAUAAGGAAGAAAAUUGAAAUUGUUUAUCAUAUCGCGAAUUUUACCAAAUAUAUUAUAAUAUAUUUUAAAUAAACAGACACAACAUACAGCAUAUGAAUUGUAUGCGAUUAUUUUAUUAAUCUAUGUAAAUUAUUUAAUUAUAAUUAAGAUAUCUUUUUGUUAUUUAUAUAAAGACAUAAUAAGUUUUUUUUGUGCCAGUAUGAAAACACACACACAACACACAUACAUAAGAAAUGAAUCAAUUUAUUUUUAAAUAAUGAUUUGUUUGAGAAAAAAUUUAAUACUAUUUAAAACAACAUGGAAUGAAAAAUUGAAAAAAAAAUGCAGGAUAUUAAAAAAUUAAGAAAAGAAAGAAAAACAAAUUGAAAAAUAAAGAGAAAAAAAUAAUUCAUUUGAGCUAUUCAAAAAAAAAUUAAUUCACUGAAUAAAAAAAAAUUGAAAAAU